GCAGAAGUAAAGGUAUGAACAAUUUUACAAUGUCAGUGUGCGUUCAGUCUGUGAGUCUGUUGUUACAAAACCACAAUUAGCUGAACAUUUCUACCUCUUUCGAUGGACAGCCAAUACAGUUUGCCAUACGUGAUGGAGAAUACCACUCAAGAUAUCAAUCUUCUGCUGAUUGGUAAAACUGGUUCCGGAGUGAGCGCAUCUGGAAACACUAUACUGGGAAAAAAAGCGUUUGAAUCCAGAAAAAGCGCAAGCUCCAUCACUGACCGCUGCCAAAAAGACUCAGCUGAUGUAUUGAUGAGAAGAAUUACAGUAGUCGACACCCCAACUUUCUCAAAUUCCCAAAACAUUGAUCUGAGGUUGGAGUUAAAGAAUGGAUUGAAGGAGUGCCCUCCAGGGAUCCACGUGAUCCUUCUGGUUCUCCCUUUACACAAAACACAAGCUGCUGAUGUCCUGUCCUUAUUCAAGCAGAUGUUCGGUGAAAAUGCCAUGAAACACACAUUAGUCCUCUUCACACAUGGAGACGAGAUUGAAAAUAAGCCACUUGAUCAACUAAUUAGAGAAAACACAGAGCUGUCCAAACUAAUAGAGGAGUGUGGGGGAGAUUUCACCAGCUGGACAACAAAGAUCUAACAACAGAGAUCAGGUCCCAGCCCUCCUGAUGAAGAUCGACCGGAUGGUGUCUGAAAAUCAGAACAGUUGCUACACUUUACAAAUGUUCGAGACCCAAUCUCUUGAGACCCAAACCCAAACACCCAAAUUUGAAAUAUUUUUGCAGGGAUCUAUAAUGACUGAAAUUGUUCAUGCAGCCUUUUUUUUAAUUUUUUUCUGUGUAAUGUCUUUUUU